CUGGGUUGUUGAUAGUGAGAUACACUUGAGAUAUCCGACCCGUCGACACUGCUGUUGUAUAUUUGACUGCUUCAUGUGAAAUACCGCUUCUGACCAAACACAAUUACGAAAUGGCAAUGGACCGACAAUACUCCAAAGAAUUCUUCCACUCACUCAUUGAUUCCAUGCAGAAGCUGUGUCGCCAAUACCUUGAGUUUGACCAGGCUGUUGAACUGUGUGGUUAUUUAUCUCUUGAAAUUGAUAAUAGCAAGAAGGAGAGAUAUGUUCUCAGUGAACUAGUCCAGAACUCGGGGGAUGUCAUCAGCGAGAGAUACUGCACCAAGGCAUUCAGAACAGUCAGGAGAAACAGCAAGAGUCCGCAAAGGGCGGAAGACAGUGGUCCUCCGUGGAAGGCGAGGAUUUUACGCGAGGACAAUGGGCAAAUAUCCAGGGACUCAGCUAAACUGACGCAGCGGGAGAGAAACCAACUAGGGCCAGUGUUUCCGACUGGAGGAUCAUUUAACAGACCCGGUGAACACAGUACAAGCUUAGAUAACCCUCUUCCUUCUAAGUCCGUUUCAGGAUCCAGAGUUACGAACUAUAGCCAAAGAUACAGCCCAGUGGAAUCGUUGUCAUUUGUACAGCGACGCCAGAAUCAUAUUCCACAUCCUCAAGCAGCUCCAGAAGCUGUUCCCGUCCAAAUGUUUACUUCCAAAUUUGUACGUGAUGGACAGUGUGGUCCACACGGUCCAUGGCAACAGGUGAUUCCCUCAAUAACAGAUAGUGAGGGGUUGGAAGGCUGUGCUGGAUCUGGUGAUGGUGCCAGAACUGGGAAGAGGAAACCCACGCCCGAGAGCCAUGUGAUGACAGGGAGCAAGAAACUUAAAGAGUCGCCAGGGCCUUCUCUGCCCCCUACAUCUAGCACCCAUACCUCCUUCCCUGUCACUACCUUAUCAGGUUCCACUGUACAUUCCCGACUCCCCUCCGUCUACAAUGACAAGUCGUCCAUCAUUACAGAAGACAUGCCAAUCAUUGUAAAGGAGGAAGGCGUCCCCUUCCUUGUGAUCAACCCCCAAGAUGAAGGUCUCGAAACAAGUGGUGAAGGAGACUUAGAAGUUGAGAAACUUAUCCAGGAAGGAGGGGUAGAUAACUCUUGUCUUUUGGACGGAGAUGCUGUUGGACAGUUGCUGGAGGCAUCAUUGACCGAAGACAUGAACAAACACACUUCAAGGAAAACCCGGGGACACGUUAAACUAUUUCAGGAGUAUCUUGUAUUACAAGGAAUCACUAUUCCCAUGCAGGAGUUGCCACCGGCAGACCUCGACAAUGUUCUGGGAACUUUCUUCUGGGACAUCCGAAAGGACAACGGGGAAGAGUACGAGCCUUCUUACUUAAAAAACAUGCAGUCAAGCCUUGAAAGACAUCUCAAGUUCUGCGGCUACAGCUUUUGCAUCACACGGGACAAGAUAUUCGAGAACAGCAGGACCAAACUGAAGGACAAACAGUCCUGGCUCAUCCAGCAGGGGAAAGGAAUGCUGCCCAAUAAGACUGUAUUCCUCACCGAGCAGGACAUAGAUGUGUUGUUCCGAAUCCAGAAACUAGGAGAUUAUAAUCCCGAUGUUCUAUUGAAUACGAUUUGGUUGAUGGUGAAUAUAAAUUUUGGGAAUGUUGUGAAGAAUGUUCGAGACCAUGGCGAUCUGUUGUGGAGGGACAUGGAACUGCAGGUGGACUCUUCCGGUAGGGAAUGUGUGAUGUUGAAUAAGUCCCCGUUUCCUGUGGUGCAUCUAGACAACACGGUGCCUUCUAACAGGUGUUUGGUUAGGCUUUACAAGACCUUCAGAGACAGUAGAGGCAGAUAUGUUGAAGGUACUUGCUCUUUUUAUCUGUGUCCCAAUCCAUCAACAAUGUCCGAAUGGUUCAAACCAUCCCCUGCUGGUGUUAACCGACUGAACAAUAUGGUUCGAAGGAUCGUCGAGGGUUCUGGCCUUCCGCUUGAAAGGAAGUACACGAAUUCCAGUAUACAAAUGUUGAUUAGGGGGCCAUUGAGAGUUCUUGCCGACUAGAUCCAAGAAUAUGCGUGCUUGUGGAUUUUCGUGCAUUCGUGGACCUGACUGCAGUAUUGCUAAAAGCAACGUAAAACAAAACCCCAUUCUCUGCCUUAAACAAAUUUGACGACAUUUGAUAUCAGCGGCGCCAUUCUCUUUAGAUGGAUGGCUAUGAUUCUUGUUGCAACCGAGCUGUAGCGUACAUUUUGAAAUAAGAUGUUUAGACAGUUAUGCACGUCUUUCAGGGAAAUACUGUUUUGUUGUUAAUAAUUUGAGUUGUGAUUCCAUUCCUUGCUGCAUUUCUGCAGAAUGCUGUUUUAUUUUGAUAUUUUAUUUAUUUCCAACGUACUAUGUGCCACGGGUACUGGUUUAUCCAGUGUUUAAUUGUCAAUUGCUGUAUUACAUUAACAUUAUUUCAAUAUGGACAUCUUCAUAGAAGCUUUGGGCAAUGAAGUGAUAUCCUACCACAUGUCAUUCAUGAUAUACAAUAAAAAAGCAACAACACCA